ACCCUGACUUAAUGUGGUCUUGGUUAGGGGCUGAGUUCGGUCAUAAUGAAAUAUAUAUAAAAGCUGACAAACGCUGAUCUUAAGCUAGAACACGAGAGUGAAACAAAUUUAGUCCUCAUCUAAAGCUUCAAGCUCUCAGACCCCAAACCGACCACUUUUUCUGUCCAUACAUUUUCAGGGGUUUAAUUGAGACGGUAUUUAUCAUAAGAUUUUUUAAAAAUUUUACUCUCAAGUAUCUCUCAGAAUUCAUUCAUUGUGUUGAAAAAAACUGGACUCGGUUUUUUAAAUCAUUACCAAGAACUCCUAGCUCGACUGCUAAUUAUAAUGGCUGCUGGACUUCCCGAUGAGUUGGAGAACGGCGGAGAAGUUUCUGAGAAGCCCAAUCCUACAUCCACCCCCCUGAAUAAUGCAACAGUUAAUAAUACCGUCUCAAUAGUUAAUGACAAAGGAACGGCGUCCAGUGGAUUUGGUUCCUAUGCAGAUUUCCAGUCUCAAACGGAGCUGUGUCCCAGUACGAUAACGAAGGACAAGGAGUCAUAUUACGCCCGAGAAGAGGACAGCAGAGUGGACCCAGAGAAAAGCGGUGAGAAGAAUGGGGCCAAGGGCAAAGGGGGCGAGAGCAAGGAGUACACGGGGGUCAAACGAUACGGGGGGAUGAUUCUCACAGUGACGGCCUCGGUCUUUUUCUCGCUAGUCACUCUCAUGGUGAAAAUGCUAAGCGCUUACGGAGCUGACCAGUAUGGGUCCAGUUUUUGGAGAUAUUUGGGAAUCACAAUCCCAACAAUCCCAAUUUUCGCGUUUUACGAGUGUGGUCCAGGGGGGAAAAGUCGAAGAGAAAAGAGCAUCAAGGAAACAGGAAGUCCAGGAUCACUCUUCGACACCGUUUGGCCAAUCUUUAAAGAUGACAACUGGAAAACCUGCAUUGGACUUUUUAUGCGAGGAUUAAUUGGGUCGAGUUCCGUGAUUUUGCGCUAUUAUGCCCUUCAGUACCUAUCUAUUGGCGAUACAAGCGUUAUUACCUACUCGACACCCGUCCUAGUAACGGUCAUGGCUCACUUUUUUUUGGGUGAACGAUGUGGGGUCAUUCCUGUCAUUGUGUCCUUUACAACGUUGGCCGGUGUGGUUAUCGUGACGAAACCGCCGCUGCUCACCGGAGCAGAGUCCUUUGACACGGACACUUUGAUUGGAACCGCACUUGCUUGUGGGUCUUUAUUUUGCUCCGCCCUGAUUGUCAUCAUCACCAGAAAAAUCCGUGAAGUCCAUUUCGCCCUCAUGAUUUGUGUAUUUGGCAUCAUCGGAGUGGCCCAAGCCGCAAUUAUGGCACACACUCUGGGCCACGGUCACCUUGAUGUACCAACGCAACUGGAAGACUUGCUGUUAACGGUGGGUGUUGCGACCUUCUCGUUCUUCGGGCAAUCGGCAAUCGUGCUGGCUCUCAAAUUUGAGCAAGCGGGACCAGUGGCACUGCUCCGGAGUUGUGAUGUAAUUUUCGGAUUUAUUCUCCAGUUUUUAGUCCUCCACAUCGUUCCUGACGAAUGGAGUUCGCUUGGCGGCAUAAUCGUGCUAACUGGAGUGAUAAUCAUUGCUUCAAGAAAAUGGAUCGUCACACUGGAUGAUGAUCAUUGUGCAAAGAAAUGCUUUGGUUGGGUUUUAUACUAGAGUUUGAGAAAUUUGCUGUUUGUUCAAUUAUCGUAGGAUUUUGUUUUAAUUUUGACUGACUUCAUGCACGAAAUCGAUCUGCGUAUGUACACAUGUCGAAUUUUAUGGUGGUUAAUCAAAAGCACCAAGGAAUGCAUGUCGUGUUCGUGUCAAUCAACAGAAAUUUGUGAUAUUUCGUUGUGAAAAUUAUUGUGAUUUAAAUAGGUCAAACCUAAUGGUUUUAUCUACUUUUUUGCCACUUUUACAAACAAAAAUGACUGAUUUUAAGUCAAGGUAUAUACCUCGUAUGGUUUUAAUUUAAGAGAAAAACGACGACAAAACGUUGGGGAUUUAAAAACUUAACGUACACAAUGUAUAGAGCCAUGAGUAAAUAAGUAUGUAAAUAUGUUUUACUGUAAAAACUAGUUUAUAAACCUCUCAAUCGACGAGCAGCAAAGAAUGAGAAAUGAAAUGAAGUGGACACCACCAUUUCUCCAUUUUUCUCCAGAGCUAUGGAGAGUGCCCCCUUCUGACCUGUGCUGCCGAGUGCCGACCUAGCAGCGAUACACUCACCACUUUUGGAUGUUUUAUUAUGUAAACUUUGGAGUUGACUCCAAUGCACACAAUGCACUUUUAAAAUAUUUAUAAUAAAGUAUCAUGAUUUGAUGCAUACAUGUGUAAAAGUA